AGUAGCAGCAGCAGCAGCAGCACAAGCAGCAGCAGCACAAGCAGCAGUAGUAGCAGCAGCAGCAGCAGCAGUAGCAGCAGUAGCAGCAGCAGCAGCACAAGCAGCAGUAGUAGCAUGAUGGCUUCACCCAGCAGCAGGCAUCCUCGCUGCUCACGAAUAGGUAUAGGUAUAGGUAUAGGUAUAGGUAUAGGUAUAGGUAUAGGUAUAAAUCCCAAGUUAAAGUUUGUGGCUGUUGUCAAGUACAUCGAAGAGCAGACAAAACUGGACAGGGGAAAGGGGAAGAAAACCCAGACAGUUAUUGAAGUAAAAGAGGAUAUUCCUGAUGACGAGGUGGAACUAAACCUUCGAUCGAUGGAGCUGGAUCCGCCGAAACUUGUGAUCUUCAAGUCGGAGGACAUUAUCAAAGGACAGUACAUUGUCGCUGAUGGAACAUAUGUAGACUGCUGUUCCACGAGUGGAAAUGUGGCUGUCAUUGAGCUCCUCGCUGUGUAUUAUGUCCUGGACCUCGAGUACCCCAGGUGGUAUGCGCAGGUACUGGGCAUCCUGCAGACACAUCUGUUGAAGCUUCAGCCGUAUUACGGUUUGAAGAGUGUCAAAUACAAGAAGUUUUCGACCGAACUGCAUCAAACCAUGACCGAUUUAGAAUCUCGUGAUUGAGACAGCAAUGGCACCAUCUUGUGUAUUUGCCUCUCGUUCUAAAAAACGUUGGCCUCAUGAGGUGUGUCCCAAAAGAAAUCGCCAUGGAUUAUAUAGUGGAGUGUUUUCGAUAGUCCUUCAUUCACGAAAUGACGUUGUGGAUAUUAAGCUUGUGUCUACAGCGCUAUGCCUAAAAUAGCCAGUGGCUGUGUGUUAUUGCCUGGAGUUGUAUACAUCUGUGUAUUUCUAAUAUUCAAAUGUUAGAGACUGGAUCUUCAAGCCUAUCAUGAAAUGUACAUUUAUGAUAUGUAUGUUUUAUGAGUAAUUCACAAUAGUGUGUGUGUGCAUCCAAGCGUGCGUGCGUUUGUACAUGUAUAUACCGUAUAUGUAUUAUUAUGGUCUAAGCAGUGGGAUCGGUUAGUAAAUUUAGAUUAUAUGGUAUAUUAAUAUGAUGCAUUGCAGAUCAUCAUAUAAAGUACAUUUCUGACAUGCACGUUUCGUGAGUUGUUUGCAAUGGUGCAUGUGCAUGCCUGCAUACAUGUAUAUAUUAUGGUCAGUGUUUUUUAUUAGUAAAUUUAGACAUGUUAGGUUAUGACAUGCAUGUUUUGUGAGUAAUUUUCAAUAGUGCGUGCAUGUGGGCAUGUGUGUCAGUGUGACUGUACUAGUAAUACCAAUAUCAAUAGUACUGUGACGUCAGAUUUCAAAUUUCCUUUCUGUAUCAGAAACACUCGCACACCACACAGACACACAUGCUAACGACCAGAACACAGAUCAAGUUUUUGUUUUGCUAGCUGAUUAGUUGGAUAGUAGUAGCUAGUAUGUUAGUUUGCCAGUGCAAUCACUUCCUGCGUUAUACUACAUUGUAUAACAGCUGUCUACCGAGUACUGGUUGUUUUUCCGUUACAUAAAAUAUUUUUUGUCACUAUGGUAAUACAUUAGUUUUUCUAAGGUGUACAGCAUGUUUUGUACGUUAGAAACCCUGUGUGUUGUUGUUCGUUAGAACCUCUGGACGAACGGGGGUUCCAUUGUUUUUAUUGCUUGAUUUUAAAUUGUUUGAGGCCAUGCAUGAAUAGUUUAUGAAUACUUUUUGUCCCAACUAAACAUGUUUAUGUGUUUAUUGCUGGUGUUUACCCUAUGUGUUUACCUAUUAAACAGUAUGUUUAGUUUUAUAUCAACUAAACGUGUUUAUGUGUUUAUUAAGUGUUACAUGGGUAUAAACACUUCAAACGUUUAUUUAAUAAACGCUUUGUUUAUAUAAACUAAA